UCCCCUGUUUCCAUUCUUGUUGCAUUUCCUCUCCAUCAACCCAUAAACAUCUCGAUCUCCAUUAAACUUUCUUAAAAAUUAAUAAAAAAUUCAAAAAAUGGCAAAUAAUCCUCCUGUGAAAAGUUUAAGUUUUGAUUCAAGAAUUCAUGGUGAACACAAGCACAAAGAUGAAAACAUUGGAAUCAAAUCAUUCAGUUUUGCUGCUCGAAAUCCUUCAUCAGAUUUCAACAAUGAUUAUAAUUUUCAAAAGCCUUUAACCAUUGAUGAAUGUGAUGAAGAAAAUGUGAAUUCAAAGGAAUUUACUCUUGAACAGCUUUGCGAAGACAUUCAACAAUUUAUCGAUUCGAUUACGUCUGUUUCUGAUAAAGAUGAACUUCCUGAAAUUUCCAAUGUUGUGGUUAAAUUUCUCAAAAAAGUCGAAUCGAAAAUGGAAGAAUUCGAAUCCAUUUCUGAGGAUUCGAUCGUUUUUGGACGCGACGUGGAAUCGGAUGCUUGUUUUGUUGUUGCUGUGAUUAAAUUGUCUGCCCUAAUGGAGGCUCUCCAGGGUUUAAAAUCGAACUAUUUGAUUCCGUUGUUGAAUCAGACAAGCUCGGUUCUCCACCGUGCAAUUGUAUUCUUGGAGGACGAGCUACGUCUGAUUCUGGAGGAAUCGGCGUGCCAGGAUGCGCACAAUGUGGGUGACGGUUCGGAUGCCAAGCAAUCAGAUUCGUCGUUUAAUAAGCUCAAAGGGAAGUUGCAGUCAAUUACAUCGUCUCACCACGCUUCGGACGAGGGUGGAGACUCGUGUGAACUACCGUCACAUGAGGGUAGUGAUGGUGGCGGUGGUGGUGGUGAUGGUGAUUGUUUAGGCUCGGGAGAAAAUCAAGGGGAAGGUAACGAAGAACAACCGAUUAUCUUCCCUUUUUUUUCUUCCGAGGCUGUCUCCAGCCUUCGCCUUAUAGCCAAUGCCAUGAUAAUAGCUGGCUAUGAGGCGGAAUGUUGCAAUGUCUUUCUUGUUUCGAGGAGACAUGUUUUCGAGGAGGAAAUAAAGAAACAAGGAUUUGAGAAGAUUAGUAUGGAUGAUGUACAAAAGAUGAGUUGGGAAGUUUUGGAGAGCGAGAUAUCUACAUGGAUUCGUGUAUUUAAGUAUUGUACCUCUACUCUUCUCCAAGGGGAACAAUCUUUUUAUGAAUAUGUCUUUUGCAAUCAUUCCUCCACCUACCAAGUCCUCUUUGCCGACCUUUGCUAUGCCGUCUUCUCAAUCUUAGUUAAUUUUGCGGAAGCAGUGUCGAUGACUAAACGAGCCACCGAGAAAUUAUUCAAGUGUCUGGACAUGUAUGAGACCAUACGUGACAUGAUCCCUUGGAUAGAGUCUAAAGCAACAAUGUUUCCUUCCGAGGAGGGAAAGGAGGAACUAAAGUCAGAAUUGUCCUUGGCAAAAUGUAGGCUUGGGGAGGCCGCAGUGUCAAUCUUUUGUCAAUUCGAAAACUCGAUUAAAGGUGACAAUACUAAGACUCCGGUAGCAAGCGGAGCUGUCCAUCCUUUAACAAGGUACACCAUGAACUACCUUAAAUAUGCUUGUGAAUACAAAGAUACCCUAGAACAGGUUUUCCAACAACACCUGAAAACAGAUCAAACAGAGGAAUUUUCUGCACUUGAUACUACCUUAGAACAUCAUAAAGAAGAAAAACACGAGCAACAGCAACAACAACAACAACAACGAGAUGUAGAACAACAUCCCCCAUUCUCAAGACAACUAAUAACCAUUAUGGAUCUACUAGACUUAUACCUUGAAUCGAAAUCGAAAUUAUACAAAGACCCUUCAUUAAGGUUCAUUUUCUUGAUGAACAAUGGAAGAUACAUGCUUCAAAAAGUUAAAGGGUCUAGUGAAAUCCACCAAGUAGUAGGGGAUAAUUGGUGUAGGAGACGUUCAUCGGAUGUUAGGCAAUAUCAUAAGGGUUAUCAAAGGGAAACUUGGAGCAAAGUAUUACAAUGUCUUAACCCUGAAGGGUUACAAGUGAAUGGAAAGAUACACAAGCCUAUACUGAAAGAAAGAUUCAAAAAUUUCAAUCAAUUGUUUGAUGAGAUUCACAAGACACAAAGCAAUUGGGUGGUGAGUGAUGAGCAACUCCAAUCCGAGCUUCGAGUUUCGAUUUCUGCUGUAAUGAUCCCAGCCUAUCGAUCGUUUCUUGCAAGGUUUGGAACCAUUUUUACACCAGGAAGACAAGUUGAGAAGUACAUUAAGUUCCAACCAGAUGAUAUUGAGACCAUUAUUGAAGAGUUGUUUGAUGGAAAUCCUAACUCUAUGGUUAGGAGAAAAAUUUAAGUGCAAGAUUCUUGUGAAAAUUCACAACAAUGUAGGGACACUUGUUUUAACUAUUGGUUGUGUUUUGUUUCCCUUACAUUACAUGCACGUUAGUGUAUUCAAAAUCUUGUGUCUACAUGAGAAUCGAUCUUGUCUCAGUUGGAACAUGUACCACUUUCUCAUGGUAAGGUCUUUAUGUUCAAUUUUCAUUUUGCCUUCCUUUUCUUUGGCAUAUCUUGUACUAACAAUCUUUGUUAUUUAUUUAUUUAUUUAUAAUUUUUAGCUAAUUGUACUAUUAAAUAGUUAUUGUAAUUCUUAUAUUAA